AUGUACAAGCUGGUGGUGUUGCUCUCCGUCGCGGCCAUGGCUGCCGCUAAACCCAGCCUAGUGGCGCCCGUCGCCUACAGCGCCGUGGUCCCGGCAUCCAGCUCGGUGUCGCAGUACAGCUCCAGUGUGGUGCACGGCUCCCCUGCCGUCGGUGUCGUCGCCCCCGCCGUCUACUCCGCCCCAUCUGUCUACUCUGUACCCGCUUUAUAUGGUGCUCACGCCGUGGCCCCCGUCGCCCUCGCUCAAGCUCCUCACUCCCCUGCUGUCGUCCUGGAUGCCGUCAAUGGAGUUCCCCUCGACACCCCUGAAGUAGUUGCCGCUCGCGCCGCCCACUACCAAGCCAAGGCUCUGUCUGGCUUCCACCACCUGAAGAAGCGUUCCGUCGGAGUUGCCCCCGUUGCCUACAGCUCGGUCGCUUACUCCAGCCCCUUGGUGUCUGCCUACUCUAGCCCCGCUGUAGUCUCCGCCUACUCCGCUCCCGUCGUCUCCGGUUACUCCGCAUACUCCCCUCUGGUCUCCGCAUACUCUCACCCCCUGUCCUACUCCGCUGUAUACCCCAAGGCCCUCAGCGUCCACCCCUACUAA